AUGAGUUUAAAAGAAAUUGUUACCAUAAAAAACAUCCUUGAUGCACUCUAAACCGAUGAUGCUGAAAAGCAAUUACGAAAGAAAAAGCUGUUUGCCUUCAUCAUAGAUGCAUCCAAGCCCAAGAGACUUCAAGGAUAAGGAGAUUACAUGUAAAUGAUCAAAAUUAUGGAUGAUUCCUAUAAUGGAUACCUGACUCUAUUCUAUUUCUUCAAAUCUCUUUCUGAGGCUGCUCCUCUCGAUACCAUUGGAGAUAUUGUCUUCUUAAAAAGAUACCAUUACUAAUUAUUUAAUGGGGAACCUCAAGGGAGAAGAAAUAGUUUCAAGACUUCAUAUUUCCUAUUGUUUGAUGCAAAUACAUAGCAAUUGAAAUUCAAUCCAAAUGAUAGUUCAGAACCCUCCAAUGAAGAAUUGGAAUACAUAUAAAAAAUCUCAAAUCAUAGUUAAUCAUAUUUGUCCCAAAACAGCUGUAAGCCAAUCUAUCUAUUUAGUACUUAACCUCUACUGGUACGGAGUAACAAACGCAAUCUUUGAUGGAUUAUUUUCAAUAUAGGAAUUGAAGGAUGAAAAUGUAGUUUAAUUAAGGGAUUCUAAAAACAAUUAAUACACCCUAUUAUGUAUGGGAUUGGUUGAUUUAGAAAUCCAAGAAGGAGCUAUCAUAAAAUUAAGAAACAUCUAAAUGUAAUUCUUACUUCGAUUUUCAUUAUAGUUCCAAUGAAAACGAGAUCUUAAUCACUGAUAAAACCAGUAUCAUGUUGUUACCUAAUUUCUGUUAUGAUGUUUAGCAUUUUGAAGAAAUCAAUCAAGUAUUUCCAAAAAUAGAUUUUCAACAAGAAAGCUAUUAAACAAUAACAAUAGGAACACGUAAAACAUUAAUAAUUAAUUUUGUAUAGUUACAUAAAUCAAGAAAAAAUAUGAAAACUAACAAUAUGUUCCUUUGAUUAAUCUGAUAUAAAAGUAAGUUAAAGAGAGUAUCAUUGUGGUUUAAGGGCAAGUUCAAAGCAUCUAUCCUACUUCAGUGGAGGAGGCUUUCAUAUUUUACAAUAAAUUCAAAUCUUUUUCUUACAAAGAAGUGAUAGCGAACAAUUUGUAAAUAGCAGGAUUACAGAAAACGUUACAAAUAUAAAUUAACAUAAGAGAUGCUUCACUAGAGGGAACAACCUACGUAAUACAAUUAUUGAUUUUUGAUAAUCCUUCUUUCUUUCCGUUCCCAUUAGUUUGGGACAAUGUCGAGUAUAUGCAAACAGAAUAUCAAAAAGUAAUUAAUAUGUUAGAAAUGAUUUAGUUACUAGAAAAGUUGAUCCUGGAGCAAGAUUAGACACACGACUUUGUUUUGGAAGUAAUUGAAUCGCCUGAGUCUACAAUUUAUAGAGUAAUUGAUACAAGAAUUAUUUAUUGA